CCAUAUAUGUAUAUCUAUGUAUCGAUGGUGGAGGCGAUGGGGUGGGCUCAGGAUCUCGAUACCAUCUAUUUCCUCGUUUCUUUCAUGCCCGCCUCUCAUCUCCUUAUCUCUCUCUGUCUUCUUCAGUGUUUCUUGACUUGAGACAUUUAUGCUCAUGAGGCAAGGCUUUUUCAGAAGUGAAGUGAAGGAAGGAGAAAAGGUUAUGAGUGGUGUGGAGGAGAGCUUUAAGUGGUGAAGAGCUAAAAGGUCUCUCUUGUUGGUAAGUGUUUAUAAUCUUUCAUCCACCAUUGUGUUCUUGGUGUUCUUGAUAUUUUUGGUAUUCAUAGAACCAGUGCCGGCCCAAGCUAUGGGCAAGAUGGGCAACUGCCCAAGGCCUUUUUUUUUUUACUUAUAUGCUCAUAUUAUAUAAAUAUAUAUUUACUUUGCUCUUUCAAACUAAAAAGAAAAAUCAAAUCAUAAUAAUGAGAUAGUACACACGUUGAGCCACUACUACAAGUAACCUCCAAUUAUAAUUUUUUUUUUAUUUUUUAUUAUCUUCUAUUACUUAAAUAGUACAUAUUUUGUGGGAAAAUGAAAUUUGAUUAGACUACACAAAUAAUAUUCAAAAUUUAUUUAUUUUUUAUUAAUUAGCCGUUGGAUAUAUUGUUUAGAUAAAUGUAUAUAUAUAUCCUUCUGUUUUAUUUUUCACUAACUUCAUUUAUUCUUCUUCCAUUUUCUUACUCAUUUUCAUUCUCCUUUAGCAAUUACUAUUAUUUAAGAGCUCUCAUUCAAUUCCAUCAUUAUUACAAACUUAUAGACUAUAUUGAUAUUUGAUUUUGCAUUGAAAGAGACAAAAGAAACACAAAGGUAUAUAUUCUAACUUUUGUUUUUAUAUGUAUUAUUAACAUUAUUACAUAUUUUUCAUCUUACUUUAAUUUAUAAUAAUUAUUCUUUUUGGAUAGGAUCUCUUCCAAGAAAAGAAAAUUUCAAAGAAAAUAUUCAUAUUGAAGUACCUGUUUUGGCUUGCAAUUUUUUAGGUUAUAUAUUUCUUUCAUUCUUUUUUUCUUUAUUAUUAUUAUUAUUAUUAUUAUUAUUAUUAUUAUUAUUAUUAUUAUUAUUAUUAUUAUUAUUAUUAUUAUUAUUAUUAUUUUGUUUAGUGUUCCUAAAUUAAAAAGGAAGCAUGUCUAGUAAGAAAUAUUUAUCAGGUUAUGAAAAACUUAAGAAAAAAAGAAAAAUAGAAAAUUUGAUAAAAACUCAACAAGGAGCUUUAGAUAAAUUUGUUACCACUAGCAAAAGAGAUGAAAAUAACACAAAUAAAGAAAUUAAUGACCAAUUAAAUUUAAAUAAUUUAGGUGAUUAUGAAAUUAUGGUAGAAAAAGGUUUAGAAAAUUGCCAUCAUAAAAUAUGUGAUAAUAUGAUAGUUGAUGAAGAAUGUCAAGAAAAUAAGGAGGAUGAUAUGGAAACUAGAAAUUGUAACAACAAUUUAGAUUAUCUUGAUGAUCCGGGAAGAUGGAAAAAUCUUGAUAAUAAACUAAUAGACUUAUUAGUAGAAAAAGGUCCAAUUAGAUUGAGUGAUAUAGAGUUUCCAAAAGAUGAUGGUAGACGUUUUUCUACUUAUCACUAUACUAGAAAUUUAUCAAAUGGAGAACAACAUGAUAGAAAGUGGUUAGUGUAUUCAAAGUGUUUGAAUAAAGUAUAUUGUUUUUGUUGUAAAUUAUUUAGUGUUAAUUCUAGUACGAUGAACCAAUUGAGCAACGAAGGAACUAAAGAUUGGAAACAUCUUGGUGAUAGGUUAAAAAGUCAUGAAACAAGUAACGAACAUAUAAUCAACAUGAGUACUUGGUUUGAUUUAGAAUCGAGAUUAUUAAUGAAUAAAACAAUUGAUAAACAUGCUCAAGAAAGAAUUAAUAAAGAGAAAGAACAUUGGAGAAAUGUUUUAAAAAGGAUAAUUUCUCUUAUAAAAUGUUUAGCUAAAAAUAAUUUGGCAUUUCGUGGGAGUCAUGAAAAGAUCUAUCAAGAAAAUAAUGGAAACUUUUUAAGUUUUAUUGAGAUGAUCACUGAAUUUGAUCCAAUAAUGAAAGAGCAUAUUCGUCGUAUUCAAAAUGGUAAAAUUCAUAAACAUUAUUUAGGACAUAAUAUUCAAAAUGAGUUAAUACAAGUGUUGGCUCACAAGAUAAAAAGUUUAAUUUUAACAAAUAUUAAAGAAGCAAAAUACUAUGCAAUUAUAUUAGAUUGUACUCCAGAUUUAAGCCACCAAGAGCAAAUGUCCAUGAUCUUAAGGUGUGUAAAUAUUUCUUCUUGUCCUAUUGAAAUUGAAGAAUACUUUUUAGGAUUUUUAAAUGUGGUAGAUACUUCAGGAAAAGGUCUCUUUGAUGAACUCAUAAAAGAAAUUAAGAAGUUAGAACUUGAUAUAAAUGAUGUAAGAGGACAAAGUUAUGAUAAUGGAUCUAACAUGAAAGGGAAACACCAAGGUGUGCAAAAAAGGUUAUUAGAUAUAAAUCCUAGGGCACUUUUUACACCAUGUGCAUGUCAUAGUCUUAAUUUAGUAAUUUGUGAUGCUGCCACUUCUUGUGUUAGAGCCAUAUCAUUUUUUGGGGUUCUACAACGAAUAUAUUCAUUAUUUUCUUCAUCACCAAAGCGAUGGAUAAUUUUAAAAAAUAAUAUAUCUAACUUAACAGUGAAAUCAUUAUCACAAACUCGUUGGGAAAGUCAUAUUGAAAGUGUAAAAGCUAUUAUACAUCAAACUCCAAAUAUUAGAGAUGCUUUGUUAGAACUAGCAGACACAAGUGAAGAUCCUAAAAUAAAGAGUGAAGCUAACGAUGCAGUAACUUAUGAACUAGAAGAUUUUGAAUUUUUAUUAGGUAUGACUAUUUGGUAUGAUAUCUUGUUUGCAGUAAACUCUCUUAGUAAGAACUUUCAAAGUGAAGAAUCAACAAUUAAUGUUGCCAUAGAUCUUCUUAAGGGUCUUAUUUCUCUUUUUAAAAAAUAUAGGGAAAAUGGAUUUAUAUCUGCCAUGACUUCAGCUAGAAAACUUGCAAAUGAAUUGAAAAUAGAACCAACAUUUCGUGAAAAACGUGUGAUUCGUAGAAAGAAACAAUUUGAUGAAGAUAUGGAAUGUUGGGAAAGUGUGACUUCACCAUUAAUGAUUGGGAUCCCUUCUUCUACAGAAGGAUGUGCUCACUCAAUGUUGGAUAGUGAUGAAGAUAUCCCUAAUGCUCAACCAUUACCUCAAGUCACUUUGGUUGACAGUGAUGAUGAGGGGGAAUUUUUUGAUGAGAGUGUAUGUAAGAUUGAUGAAGAGCCUCGAGCUCUUGAGUAUGCGAUAAUGGUACAUGAUUAUGAGGGUGAUAAGAAUGAGUAUGUCGGGCGGUCCCUUCACUUUUUGAGGGACAACCCGAGGUCGAGUAUGACUAAGGGAGAUAUCCUACGCAUGUGA